CUUCCUAUUAGCUUUAAUGAUUAAACAUAAAAAUCACGUUAAAAAUUAUAAGGAAUAUGACGAUAUUUCCAUUAUAGAGAAUUUCUAUUUCUUUGUCAACAUAACUAGGGAUAUUAAUUUGAAAUGGAUAUUACUUUACUAUUUCGUACUUUAGAAAAUAUUUUCGAUAGUUGGUAGUAUCGUGAGUUGUUCAUUUUGUCCCUUUUGACAAUCGGUCAUUUCAGUUUCUCUUAGGUUUAUUGAACUUUGCACGUAGAAAGCAUUUCAAGUGAUUCUAUUUUGAAGAAAGGCACACAUGAAUUAUCAGCUUCGAUGCUAAUGCUAUCUAACGUCUAUUUGUAUUAAUAGAUCAUUAGAAUGGGUCUAAUAUCUGAGCCAUUGUUGUUUGUAUUAGCUUUAAUUGAUACCGGUUUAGUACUUUUCCUUUUGGUAUAUUUUGUAUCCUUUUUAUAUUUUCUAAACGUAAUCUAACGAUAAAUUGUAGUAUUUCCAUUUUAUUGUUUUCAUAAUUUUAUAAUUCCAUCAUUGAAUUUUACGUAUAUAGUUUAUUGAAAAUAUAUCUAGGGAUUUUUAUGGUAUAUGUUUUUUAUGAUAUUACACUAAUUGUAAUAGCGCCACAUUUAAUUUUAAACAAUUUAUGUCUUUUGUUAAUAAAAAACAUACAAUGAAGUUCCUUAUCUUAAAAAAAAUACAUAUAUAGGUCAUAACUUUGUCAGACUUAGAAUGUGAUUAUUUGAAUGCUCAACAGUGUUGUUCAAAGUUAAACACGGUAAUUACAUUUUAUAGUAUUAUUAUCCUUAUUAUCAUUAUAAAUUGAUAUAAACAUAAUAAAACUUAUUUUAAAUUAUAUGUUACAGUGGGUUGUACCAAAACUUGUAGCACAUUCAUUCUUAGAAUUUUUAUUAUUAACACACGGGCAAUUAAUAUUGUGUUUAGUGAAUUUGCCUAUGACACUCUGGUUGCUCUAUGAAUAUUUUGGAGUACCAAGUGGUAAUAUGGGAGUUUAUGAUCCCACAGAAAUACAUAAUCGUGGACAAUUAAAAAGGCAUACAAGAGACUGUAUGAUCUAUCUUGGAUAUUAUUUAAUUUUCUUUUUUAUUUAUCUUUACUGCAUGAUUAUUGCAUUACUAAAAGGAGAUCCAAUUAACAGAAAUGAUGAAGGAUUGUUACAUACAAAUUAAUAGUGAUGAUAAUAUUUAAACUUUUUUACAUCGUUGCCUUUUAUUUUAGUCAUAUUUGACUAUUUAUUUAUUUCUGUGUUAUAAAUACCAAAUGAAAUUUUGUUAAUAUAUAUAAAAUGCCUAUACUUUAUUGUUACACUUAUCUUUCAUUUAUAUUGUAUUUGUAAUAACUAAAAUUCCUUGAAUAUAAGAUUUUCAUAAAAUUAUAGUAGAAGUUAAUAAUGGUAAUUAUAUCUAUA